AUGCGGACGCCGGUGGUGAUGACGCUGGGCAUGGUGCUGGCGCCCUGCGCGCUGCUGCUCAACCUGACCAGCACGCUGGCGCCCGGCUGGAGGGCGGUGAAGGGCUUCCUUGACCAGCCGGUGGACGUGGUGCUGUACCAGGGCCUGUGGGACAUAUGUCGCGAGCAGAGCAGCCGCGAGCGCGAGUGCGGCCAGCCCGACGAGUUGGGCUACUACUCCGCCCAGCCGGUGCUGGUGGCGCGGGGCCUUAUGGUCACGUCGCUGGCCACCACGGCCCUGGGGCUGCUGCUGGCGACGCUGGGCGUGCGCUGCUGGAGGGACGAGCCCCACUUCCCCCUGGCUGGCCUGGCCGGCAUCGUGCUCUUCGCCGCCGGCCUCUUCAGCCUCAUCCCGGUGUCCUGGUACAACCACUUCUUGCAGGAUCGCGACGUCCUGCCCGCCCUGGCCAGCCCGGUCACGGUACAGGUCAGCUACAGCCUGGUGCUGGGCUACCUGGGCAGCUGCCUGCUACUGCUGGGCGGCUUCUCGCUGGCGCUCAGCUUCGCGCCCUGGUGCGAGGAGCGCUGUAGCGGUAGCCGCAAGGCGCCCCCGCGGGUUGGCCAGCGCCGCAGCAGCAUCAGCACGGUCUAUGUGAACUGGCCGGAGCCCCCGCUCGCGCCCGCCAUCAAGUACUACAGCGAGGGCCAGCACCGGCCGCGGCCCGCGCAGCCCGAAGCUGCGGCCAAGCCCAAGGUCGGCUUCCCCAUGCCGCGACCAGCGCUCAAGACCUACACCAACCAGCUGGACGUGCUCGAUGGGGAGCGGGGGCAGCCGGCCCACUCCCAGCCAGCCGCGUCUCUGCCCUGCGACUCCGACCUGUAG